AUGGCGGAUGACAAGGAUUCUCUACCCAAGCUCAAGGACCUGGCAUUUCUCAAGAACCAGCUGGAGCGCCUGCAGCAGCGUGUGGAAGACGAAGUCAACAGUGGUGUAGACCAGGACCUUGAAAAAAUCUUUGGUGAGCAUACUACGGUUUUCCAGAGUAAGGAGGAGCAGGAUGGCUCGCUCUUGUCCUCUCCAUUCCUCAAGGGCUUCCUGGCUGGCUAUGUGGUGGCCAAACUGAGGGCGUCAGCAGUAUUAGGCUUUGCCGUGGGCACCUGCACUGGCAUAUAUGCAGCUCAGGCGUAUGCUGUGCCCAAUGUGGAGAAGACAUUGAGGGACUAUCUUCGAUCACUGCGCAAGGGGCCCGACUAG